CUUAGCCCUUUGACUGCGGAGUUCCUACAGUCAGACAUCACCAAGCUACAGGAAUGGAACAAAAAGUGGCUGCUACAAUUCAAUGAAGAGAAAUGUAAAGUCCUGCACCUUGGAAGGGGAUAUCCAGCACACCAAUAUCACAUGGGAAACACUCCACUAUCCAUUACAGAGGCAGAGAAAGACCUGGGACUGUAUGUUACCAGGCUACCACUGAGAGCCAAAUCCAUGACAAUCGCAGCGGACGGGUAAGAUUCUGGUCAACUCUUGCAUUGGGAGGAUUGACGGCAUAAGAAUGAACUAGAGUAGCUACAACAGACUCUCAGCCCAUCAUGAGAAGUGAGGAAGAUUAAUAUGUGUGUCCCUUCUCCAGCAGGGUGGGCGGCGGGGCGGCAGAGGUUCCGGCAGCGGCCCGAGAGUGUGGAGGUGGUGGAGGGCGAGGACGUGUUGCUGCGCUGCGAGGUGCUGGACCAGGAGGGGCGCGCCCAGUGGACCAAGGACGGCUUUGCCCUGGGGUUUGAGCGCGGCGUGCCCGGCUACCCCCGCUUCAGCUACCUGGGUCGUCCGGGGCUCGGCCAGCACCACCUGCUCAUCAGCGGCGUCACGACCACCGAGGACGGAGAGUACCAGUGCCAGGUGGGGCCCGGCUCCUCCAACCGACCCAUCUGGGCUGCCGCCAACGUCACCGUGCUGGUGCCGCCGCGCAGCGUCGAGAUCUUGGGGCGGAGCGACGGGGAGGAGGUGGUGGUGGCGGCGGGCGACUCCCUCACCCUGGACUGCGUGGUGAGGGACGCCCGCCCUGCGCCCACGGCCACCUGGUACAGGGACGGCGUGCCCCUCCCGCAAGGGCUGGUGGAGGAGGCGCUGGAGAAGUCGUCGCUGCCCCGCGGGUGGAGCGUCAGGAGCCGCCUGAUGCUGCGGGUGGCGGCCGAGGACGACGGGCGGCUGCUGUCCUGCGAGGCCGCCCACCCCGCCCUCAGGGGCACCACUGCCCCCCCGGCAGACUCCGUCACACUCUCCGUCCUCAACACCCCCGGGCCGCCCAGCAUCAGUGGCUACCGGGAGGGCGAGGUGCUAGUGGCGGGGCAGCGCGUCGUGCUGGUGUGCCGCUCAGCAGGAGGCAACCCGCGCCCCGCCCUCACCUGGCACCGCCGCCCGCACCCGCUGACCCGCGAUUCCCCCUUGCCCCCCUCCGCCACCCUCGCCGCCACGGCCGCCACCACCUCCGUCACCACCACCGCCACCACCACCACGAGCCGCCUCCAACUCACCGCCGCCGCCGAGGACGACGGGGCCGAGUACGAGUGUCGCGCCGAGAGUGACCUGCUGCAGCAACCCUUGGCGGCCAGCGUGACCCUCACCGUGUACUACGCGCCUCAAUACGUGCGGGUGACGGGCCCGGGCCAGGUGCUGGAGGGCGACCCCGUGACCCUCACCUGCGUCACCAGCCAGUCCAACCCGCCGGCGUCCCUCAGGUGGAAGGUGCAAGGGGAGACGGUGCCGUCGUUCUCCGAGAAGAAGACUCGCCUGCCCUCCGGGGGCUGGAUCACGACGUCCAAGCUGACCCACGACGAGGUGAUGUCACGCAAGGUGUCGGAGGUCACCGUGGAGUGCCGGGCGCUCAACCCGGCUAUUGACCGCGCGGUGACCAAGACCCUCAUUAUUGCCGUGUCCAAACCACCCGGCCCGCCCCGUUUCGUCGGUGACCUGACCCGAGAGCUACUGGCCGGCGCAACCCUUGACCUGACCUGCCAAACCGAAGGGGGUCAACCGCCGCCCACUGUGAGACGCAACAAGGCGGCGCUCCUCAGUGCCCUCCUGAGCGUCGCCCUGAAACACACCGACGCGGCGGGGCUCCCUCCCCCUGUGAUGGGGCCGCGAGAGGCUCUUAGUCGCCCUGCACCGCAAGCAGUCCCGGCGAUAUUCAGGGAAGAGCCGCUCAGGCCCGGCUAA